ACAAAUCCAUAGAGAAGCGGACCAGCAGCUCAGACAGGAGGCUGACUGAGGCGUCGCCACGGCGCAGCUGAAGCUGACCUCUGCGUGUGUGUCUGAGUGCUUGAUGAGCUCAGGAUUGGAUGCAGCUGUGGAGCUCUUUGCCUGGAAGGAGGUCCUGGAAAGUCCUGGAUCAGAUCAGAUGGUUCUUCACUGAUGGAUGAGUCGGCGUUGGAGCGGUACUUUGAUGACUCCAUUGCAAAUGACUCCGGCUUCAUUUUGGGGGAGGGGCUGGGCCUCAGCAGCCCCGCCCACCCCUUGCAGGACUCCUCCUACCUGUUAGUGAAGGCAGGGCCCAGCAGAGAGCCGGACGAGCUCGACCUCAGCUUCCUCCCUGAUGACCUCAGUUCACAGGAUGAGCUUGGUCGUCAUGAUGACACAGAGAGCCAGGCUGCAGUGCUGGACGUGUCUCAGGACAGCGGUGUUUGUCCAGACUACAGCUCCCAUGACUCCACAGCAGCAGCAUCUGACCCCCAGCAAAGCUCAUCCAUGUUGGGGCUGGGGACAGGUGCCUCCCCUUUCUGUCCCAUGACCCCUAUGACCCCCAUGACCCCCAUGACCCCUGUGACUGAGAGGUCAGGAAUCAUCCCACAGUUGCAGAACAUUGUCUCCACGGUGAACCUGGGCUGCUCGUUGGAUCUGAAGUUUAUUGCCCUCCAGGCCAGAAAUGCAGAGUACAACCCGAAGCGUUUUGCUGCAGUCAUCAUGAGGAUCCGUGAGCCAAGAACCACAGCGUUGAUCUUCAGUUCGGGGAAGAUGGUCUGCACAGGAGCCAAGAGCAUGUGCAGUGAGGAGCAGUCACGACUGGCGGCCAGGAAAUACGCUCGGGUAGUGCAGAAACUCGGCUUCCCUGCCCGCUUCCUGGACUUUAAGAUCCAGAAUAUGGUAGCCAGCUGCGACGUCUGCUUCCCCAUCAGACUGGAAGGGCUGGUCCUGACACACCAGCAGUUCAGCAGUUAUGAACCGGAGCUGUUUCCAGGCCUCAUAUACCGCAUGGUGAAGCCUCGCAUCGUCCUGCUCAUCUUUGUGUCGGGGAAAGUGGUUCUGACUGGAGCUAAAGAACGAGCUGAGAUCUACGAAGCGUUUGAGAACAUUUAUCCCAUCCUGAGAGGCUUCAGGAAACAGUGAGGCCCAACAUCUGAUGUCACUUCCUGUUAAUAAAUACUUACUU